GAUGGCGCUGCCCUUUGCACGCUGUUGGAAGUUGUACCGCUGGGGCACCAAGCGAUGGGGGGUCCCUGCUGUGGAAUCCCGGAGAGGCAUCAGUUUCAAACUGGAAGAAAAAACGGCCCACAGCAGCCUGGCACUCUUCAGAGGCGACACGGGUGUCAAAUAUGGCUUGGUGGGACUGGAACCCACCAAGGUGGCCCUGAAUUUGGAGCGCUUCCGGGAGUGGGCAGUGGUGCUCGGAGACACCACAGUCACCAGUGGCAGACACUACUGGGAGGUAACAGUGAAGCGCUCCCAGCAGUUCCGGAUAGGAGUGGCAGACGUGGACAUGUCCCGGGACAGCUGCGUUGGUGCUGAUGAUCGUUCCUGGGUGUUCUCCUAUGCCCAGCGCAAGUGGCACAGCAUGUUGGCCAACGAAAAAGCUCCAAUUAAGGGUAUUGGGCAACCAGAGAAGGUGGGGCUGCUGCUGGACUAUGAGGCAAAGAAGCUGAGCCUGGUGGAUGUGAGUCGGAUCUCUGUGAUCCACACACUACAGACAGAUUUCCGGGGCCCAGUGGCACCUGCUUUUGCUCUUUGGGAUGGAGAGCUGCUAACCCACUCAGGACUCGAAGUGCCCAAGGGCCUCUAAUGUGGCCAAGACCCUGAAUCGUGCUCAUGGUCAGCUUUCUGUCCUUAGUGUCUAAAGCGAUUUUACUUUGUUUCAAGCAACUGGUAGCUCUCACAAUUCUGUUGGGAUCCUUUGUGCAAUAUUGUAGCCAUCUUCCCCUGGGCCCUACUCUGUAAGAGCUAGGUAUACAGCCAAAGUCGCCAGUUUCCUAGGUCAUCAGGGGAUUCGCCUCCUCAGGCCAGUUCUUUGGGUCCUUCUACUUGUGCCCACACACCUUAGACUGUUCAGUCCUGCGGUCCUGCCUCUCGGCCCGUCCCUUAUCCACAUGUAACUUGUUUUGGGGGCUCACCAGAUUCUCUAGAGUAAAUGCUCUCUACCUCUGGCUGGAGGAGUGGCAGCCACAGGCUUGGCCUUUUCUCUGAUGCACCUCAGAUUCUUGGGUUCUGGCUUCCUCAGUUGUACCUCAGCACUAGAGAUGUCAGUCCAACCCAGAUGCAGCUAUCUCCACUCUGAGUCCAUCUGUCUUCUGGAUACCUGAUACCUAGGCAGUUUGCCAUAACCAUUGUGCCAGUUAUGUGACAAAGGGAAAGAGACACUAGGGAGACAUGUAUGGCUCUGGUGCCAGAAACGUUACCCUCGAUAAGUUCCUUCUGUGUAUCUGCCACAGUUCAAAGCUCCAGAAAAAAGACAACUUUACACAAUCCAUUUUGGAGCCUGUUCAGACCCACAACUCCCAUCUCCCUUGGCCACAGAAUGUACUUAAUAAAAGCAGUAUUUUGGUUUGAGGAAAACCUGGUGAAACAGUUGAAUAUGUAUGCGGAAUAUUCAGUUUGGACUUGUCUGACCCUGGGUGCUACAAUGGUGAUAACUGAUGAUGUCCUUAGGGGAGAAAGAGAACGACUAAAUUUAGCAAAAUAUAAAAUAAAAAUUAUAAUUCAUGUAAUUAAAGUUUAUUUGAACACAAAA